UCACUGACUCUCUCAUCAUCUUCAAUCAACAAUCACCUUUCAUUUUACCGUCAGAAUAAUUUUAUCCAUUGAAAUAACCAAAACUAAAGGGAAAAAAAAGCCUCCACAGUGUCAACACACUUAUCACGUGUAUUCACUUGUGUCCAGUUCUCAUUUCCAAAUGACCACUACCACCUCCUCCUCCUCCUCUUCCUCUUCCCCCUCUUCUUCCGUAUCAACAGUGACACCACCGUUAAAUGUUGUCACCCAAAAAACGACAAAAACACCAUCAAUAACAACGGGAUCUCUUUUCACUAAAAGAAAACCAUCUUUCUCAUCUUCAUCUUCAUCCUCAUCUCUCCAAUCAUUUGAGGAUUUAAAAGAUGACAAACCCGAUGAAACAUCUUACCAAUCAAUGGACGAUGCCAAAGGUGACAACAGAUCAACAACAGCAACCACAACCACCACCUCUGCGGCCAGUAUAGUGACCAUUUCACCAACCACCACAGUGACCAACACUAACAUCAUCAACAUCACCAAGACAACAGUUACAACAACAAUAAUCAACUCCAUCUCGGAUGAAACGUCAACCUCAUUACAGUCAAUUGAGGAUGUGAAAGGUAAAAGUUGUGGUCAGUUAAUUGACCAGGAUGAUGAAGAUGCAGAUGAUAAAGAAUUGCCAAUGAAAACUGAGCCAAUUGAUCAAGCAGAUAAUUUAGCUGAUCAACAAUUAACAUCCAAAGGAUUCAAAUCAUUCCUAAUUGAAGAUAUUUUAAACUUUAAUCCAAAGAAAGACAAUUUAUCAACAUCAUCAUCACCACCACCACAACCAUCAUCAAAUUCAUCCUCAUCCUCAUCCUCCUCCUCAUCUUCAUCUUCAUCAGCAAUUCAUGUGAAUAACAUAAUUAAUCAAAUUAAAUCAAACGCUAUUAAUGGUAAUCAUCAUAAUAGUGACAUUUUAUCAGUAAUCCGAGGGAUUGUGCGUCCAUGGGAUACAAGACCCGCUCCGAGUCAAUCAACCUCCUCCACAACACCAACCUCACCCUCAUCAUCUCCCUCAUCCACACCAACAGUAACAACAACAGCAAAAACAACAACAACAACCGCAACAGGGUCAAGUGUGGUCAUUGUGGCAGCGGCCGCAGCCGCGGCUGCUGCAGCUUUCCGUUCCAAUGGAUUUUCAAAUACACUACUAACAUCAACUAAUACUACUAAUGGUUCCAGGGGUAAUUCAAGCAAUAAUAAUUAUCAUCAUGCUCACCAUCAUUCACCAACACCAAACUCACCAUCCAAUCAUCAUCAUCAUCAUAUUAACCAUCAACAUCUUCACCAUCUAACCAAUCAUAUUAAUCUUCAUCAUCAUCAUCAUCAUCACUCCCUUGAUCUUGGAAAACACGGAUUAACUAAUAUAAGACCUCGAUCAGCGGAUGAUGAUGAUUCGCAAUCGGAAAGAUCGGAAUCAAGUGAUACAACGACCCGAGGACCAGAUUCGCCGACACCCAACCACCACCCCAAUUCCCUUCUUCAGAAUUCACCCUUGGAGUGUUUAUAUGAACUUACCAAUAAAGCUUUCGAUCGUAUCAAUGGAGACAAAUCAUUAGAUGGAUCGAAUGACCAUUUGAAUAUAUUUUCCAAUCGUCCACCUCCCAAAAAGAAACGAAAAUCUCGAACCGCUUUCACGAAUACUCAAAUCUACGAAUUGGAGAAAAUGUUUGUUUUCAAAAAAUACCUUGCGCCACAUGAUCGGGAUGAGCUUGCCACUCGUCUUGGCCUAACGGGGCCACAGGUCAUCACCUGGUUCCAGAAUCGUCGGGCCAAACAAAAGAGGGACAUUGAGGAGAAACGUCAAGAUACAGAGGCAACUAAAAUUUACUCAAUCCAUUCACACCCCGAUCUUUAUGAUAAUAUUCAAGAUUUGUCAAUGUUAAAAGCGCAAGAAAGUAUUCGAGCUGCUCUUCAUUUCCAUAGUAAAUGAUUGAUUCACUUAAUCAAUUCUCUCUCUCUCUAUCUCAUCUUCUAAUCAACUUUGACAAUUAACUAUUAGUAUUAUCAUGAUUAUUAUUAUUCUAUCGAUAUUAUUACUAUUAUUUCAUUCUCAAUGAGUGUGUGUAUGUUUCUCUCUCUCUUUGUCGCUCCUUCUAUCUCAGUGUAUCUAUUGAUAAACUUUUCGAGUUUUCGAAACUUUUUUUUUCUUCUUUUCGUUCGUUUCUUCUGGUCAUUUGCUCUCUUUCUCUUAUUGGGUGAAAGCUUUAAAUUGUCCAUUCAUCAAAUGUUAAUUGUUUUCAUCUUUCUCUCUCUCUCUCUUUCUUUCUCUCUCCCUCAUCAUCUUUUUUAACAGUAUUCGUUUGACCAACAACUGACCAGUGACUUCACUAUUAAGAGGGACAAUCAACUAAUUCAUUGAGUGAAAAUUUCUCUCUUGAUCUAUCAUCUCUCUCUCUCUCUCUCUCUCUCUCGAUUGAAAUAAAAAUUUAAUCAACUACAAUUAAAAUGUUUUUCUUUUUCUUCCUCAAUGAAAAAUCAAAUGUUAUCAAAUUAACAUUCACUCUGUUUAUUGUAUUUAAUUAUUGAUCUAAUUGAUGACACAACAAAACCACAUCAACCAAAUCCUCACAUACACUCAACUCAUACACACGAUGAUACAAUUUACAUUAUAUUAUUUAUUGAUUUCUGGUGUCCAUCAAUUAAACAAUCAACUGAAUAAUUAAAAAUAAAAAAUAAUUCA